AUGUGGACACCGUGUCGUCAUCGUCAUCGGUGGCCGCCAUCAGCUGAAGAACGAUCACUAAACUCGAUGAUGUGCUGUUCGUCGGACACGGAUUUUCAGGCCGAACUGUUGACAGAGAUAGACACCGAUAGACAAGUGUUAGUAACGGACAAUAGUACCGCUGAUAGUGUUGUUGUUGUCGUCGACAAUAGGGAUAUCCAUCAUAUAUUUGACGACAAUAUGGACGACGUCGACAACCAGAACCCGCAAUGCGGUGUUUCCCGAUUUGUGGCCAAAAUGUUGGCCAUAAAUAUGACUGCCGCCGCCUCCAGACGACGAUCCAAUAUCGAGCGCAGUGUUAUGAAUCUACUCUAUCCGAUGGCCUAUCGUAUAGUCAUGGGCUAUGACGUCCAUCCGGGACAGUCACCCUGGAUGACGACACUCUACUAUUAUGAUUAUUUUGUUUGCGGCGCCGCAAUCAUUGACCACUGGCACGUCGUGACGGCGGCCCAUUGUUUUGACCGCAGUCGUCGAUCUUACAAUUAUUACAUAAGAGUCGGUUCCGUAAAGAUAUUCAACGGUACUCUAUAUACUAUCAGUGCUAUCCAUCGACACCAUCGGUACAGCCGUUACCGUAUAUAUCACGACAUUGCUAUCAUACGAUUGUCACAGCCUAUUGUAUUCACUAGCGAAGUGGGACCGAUAUGUUUGCCACUCAUUGAGUGGCUCAAUAGGACACAGUUGAUCGGCGAGAGUGUCUAUGUGGCCGGUUAUGGCGACACGGCAUACGAAGGCCAGCCAUCAUCACUGUUACAAGAGGUCGAUCUACUGGUGCUCGACAACGAACAUUGCGAAUACAACUAUAUGACACUAAGGGAAAGUCGGGUUCGGUUUCCAGUGGGUAUUAAACGGUCGCUUAUGUGUGCCGGCUAUGAACAGGGAGGCAAAGAUGCCUGUCAGGGCGAUUCUGGCGGUCCGCUAACCUAUCAAUACAAUUUCCAAAACUAUUUAUUAGGUAUUGUAUCAUUUGGCUACCAGUGCGGUCUAGCCGACUAUCCCGGUGUCUAUACCUAUGUUCCCUAUUAUUUAGAUUGGAUAUACAGUAUAAUCACCAAUUAA